AUGACAGCGUGUAUCGGGAGCAUCCCUGAGCUGCCAGUCGUCUCCGGCUUCUGCAUCUUCUGCACCCGCAAGAUCUCCAUCCAUGGCGCUGCGGGACUCGACAGGACCCCUGGCAUAACCGCAUCGUUCGCGCGCACAGAGCCAAAAUCAGUCUAA